CUCUUUUAUCAUCACGCUAAAUUUCCUACGGUAUCUACGCGGUCAAUACAUUCGUCAUGCCUUGCAAUUCCAACAGAAGCCCAGGGAGAAAUCAUAACCGAAAUCACAACCAAACCCCUACGGAAAACCACGGGGGAAGCCCCCUAAACCCCCUAAACCGAAGUGCGAACAUCGACGAGUCCCAGAAUACCUCGGUAUGGGUGUCCAACCUCCCAAAGGAUUGUACCAUACACCAGCUGCUCGCCCCUAUAAGACAAGUUGGGAAGAUAUUCUUUGUUCAUAUCAACCCCCCCAACGAGACCUUCGCCACAUCAGCAGCCAAGAUCACCUUCUGGGAUCGCCCAUCAACCGAGAAGUUCCUCCGGCUUGUCAAAGACGGCAAGAUAACCAUCGGAGGACUCCAGCCAGCAGUCCGGAUGAACCGCAUCCGAGCAGCACCACAGCCAGCAUCCAACCGCAGCCGGGUCCUCGUCCUCUGGGGCUCGCCUAGUGUAGUCGACAUGAAGGUUCUGGAGCCCCUGUUCCGCUCGGAAAUCGAGUUUGAAAUCGACGAGGUCAAGGAGAUGAUGUGGUACGGAGAGAGAAGACUGGAAAUCCGCUUCGGCUCUCAUCGAGCACAGGCUAGUCGCGCAGAACAGAUGAUGCGAGUGUUAAAGGGGGGAAGAACGACUGAAUACGCCGCCGCAAACCUGACGCCAGAGCAACGCAUAUUUCUGUGCCUUGUUAGGAUAUUAUGGGGAUCCGAUCCCUGCGAGCUUCCAUAGAUAUGCAUAUGCUCACGCCUUCACGCCUUUCUUCCGACUCAGAAACGACUGAGCCAGGAGAUACGUAUCUCCUGUUGCACAUUCCACUAUUCCUGGUAUAUAACCGAGCAUGGUGGCCACCGGAGAAUGCUUGUUACAACUAUUAUGACGUUUAGCAUUGGCCUUUUCAUCACUAUACAACAACAACAACAUCACCACGCUAUCUUUACCGGCACAGCAUAGCGACAGUGGUUAAUUUUUUACAUGUAAAUUAUGAUACCCCGAGGGAGAGCAGGGCUUCACCGAAGCACCAACAGUCAAUAGAUAUUGGCUAACAAUAGCGGGAGCAGAAGCAGAAGCAAAUUGGAUUCUUUCGGGUGCAAUCAACUCGGCGUUAUAAGACUGACUGAUAUAUGUGCUGGUGUUUUGGAUGGGAUACCUUAUGGUUAUUGUGUAAUAAAUUUGGUCAACACAUUCAAACCGUUGUUUUGCGCGAAUUCGCCUCGUGAGCCCGGAUAUAAAUUAUACAAGACUUACACAUAGCGAACACCUAUUUUCGUGUGAAUGUGGGUUUCUAGUAGGUAUGAGAAAC